UUGCGUCGGUUUUGCUAGCAUGGUGAAUAUUUUCUAGUAAGGAGUGCGGGGAGCGGACGGCUCGUCAUCGGAGGAAUCUUAUCCGCCCCAUACGAGUAUUGUCGAUACCACAGCGAGUGAUUGACCUAAGCUUUGGCGUUUGUGUCGGCCUUGACCGCGUCGCAACUCGCAUCAGCACGGCUUCAACAGCGAGGCUCGGCCGCGAGAACAGCACCGGAAGAUGGCCGCUAUCCGGAAAAAGCUUGUGAUAGUUGGCGAUGGAGCUUGUGGAAAGACCUGCCUUCUCAUCGUGUUUAGCAAGGACCAGUUUCCCGAGGUUUACGUCCCAACCGUGUUCGAAAAUUACGUGGCUGAUAUUGAAGUGGAUGGCAAGCAGGUGGAGUUGGCACUCUGGGAUACGGCCGGUCAAGAGGACUACGACCGGUUGCGGCCGCUCUCUUACCCAGACACAGACGUAAUCUUAAUGUGCUUCAGUAUUGACUCACCCGACUCCCUGGAGAACAUUCUAGAGAAGUGGCACCCGGAAGUUAAACACUUCUGCCCAAGCGUCCCCAUAGUCCUGGUCGCUAACAAGAAGGACCUGCGUUCAGACCCAGCCACAAUCAAGGAGCUGGCCAAGAUGAAGCAGGAACCUGUGAAGAGCGAGGAGGGUCGUGCCAUGGCUGACAGGAUCAGCGCCUUUGGCUACCUCGAAUGCUCGGCUAAGACUAAGGAGGGCGUGCGGGAGGUGUUUGAGAUGGCCACCAGGGCAGCACUGCAGGUUAAAAAGAAGAGGAAGAAGAGGUGCUGCCUUAUGUAGAGUGCUGCCAAUUACUUCCCCCCCCCCCCCCCCCUGCACAGACUGGCAGCCAGAAGCAACAAAUCUUUUUCCGGACUUGUGUUCCUUUGCUCUCGUUAAAGGCUAUUUCUGCUUUACUGCCCCCCAGUCGUUACCUGCGCACAGUGCCACAAUUGUGUUUUUUGUUUCUCCUAACUGUGUGGUCACGAUGACUGCGCAAGUUCUCAUUUUCCACACUAGGAUCUUGGUUCUUUUUUAUAGUACUGUGUCGUGUUUACAAUGGUUACUGCAAAGCAUUUUGCCCCCACCAGUGCAAGGCUUCUACUGGUAGGAAGGUUGCGACUCUCUUUGAUGAACCUGGUUAUGUACUCACACUGUUAGUCCAGGCUGAAGACACCACCACGGACAUGUCUCUCUGAGUAGAUAAUGCGCUUAUCUGCUUGGGCUUCAUGGGGAGGCAGCGUCACGAGAUGCCAGUCACACAUUUUUCUAUCAUGACUCGUGCCUUCUUGCUACAGUUACACACCUCUGCUAUGUGCUGUUUAUCGCUCAAAAUGCAGCAUGCCCUGUGGCCAAAUUGACUAGCACAGCAGUUCGACUUGCAAGACUUUUUUUUUUUUUCAUUGUCCUUAAAGAUCGCGGUUUUGCGCGUUUUGUUUGUACUGCUCUUUAUUUUUAUGACAUGUAAUGUCACUGAACAGUGUUAGCUUUCUUUUUCUUCUGCUGCAAGACCAUGACUUUGUCAUGGAAGAGCAGCUAGAUGCUGGUAAUGUUUUUUUUUUUAUGUAUGAUCUCUGGUUGAUGAAUAAAUGUUGUCUUAAAGCCUA